UCUUCAGUGAUUAGUGAUUACAAACUAUAAGGACAGUCUCUUCAGUUGCCAAACGUCAACUAAGAAAGUUCACGUACUAAUUUACUUAGAUAUAUGAAUUUAUUAAAGUGGCCACGUAUUCUUUUUGGGUAAGAUGGCUUCUCGUGCUUUGAGUUUACCGACAUCUCGUAUUCCUUGCCAGAGGUUUAUUCAUAAUUCUAAGGUCUUGGUAUGUUUUCCUUCACGUGCUAUUGACAAUUCCGGAAGGAAAUUUUGUUAUUCAAUCCAUUCAAUGGGUUCCUCUGCUUCUUCCCAAUCCCACCAAGCAGACAACACUUCCUUUGAAUCAGGUGCUGACAUUGUUGAUUAUAAGUCUGUAAGGGAUGAAGAGUGGAAGAAGCGCCUAACAAGUGAACAAUUCUACAUUACCCGUCAAAAGGGCACUGAGAGAGCUUUCACUGGGGAGUAUUGGAAUACCAAAACUGAGGGGACUUACCAUUGCAUAUGUUGUGACACCCCUCUAUUUGAAUCAUCUACUAAGUUUAAUAGUGGAACUGGAUGGCCAUCAUAUUACCAGCCAAUUGGGAACAAUGUGAAGUCAAAAUUAGAUCUGUCGAUUAUAUUCAUGCCGCGCCAGGAAGUUCUUUGUGCUGUCUGUGAUGCUCAUCUUGGACAUGUGUUUGAUGAUGGUCCUCCACCCACUGGAAAGCGUUAUUGUAUCAACAGUGCUGCCCUUAGGCUGAAACCAACGCAGUAGGUGGUGGGUCUAAUCUCAGUCAAAAGAAGAUGGAGAAGCUUUUAAACAUGGCGGUUAGCAUGUGUUGCUAUAGUGGCAAACAGUUAGAUGUGUCAACAGCAUAUGAUGGCUAUGGUGAAAAACCCAAAUUGUCAAAUAAUGGGGUUGAGUAUUUUAUUAAUGUUGGAAGAAUUUUCACUGUUCCUCAAUACCAAAUACAUUAGUUUUGUGGUAUAAACAGAGAUGAAAAAUUAGUAUAUCGAUGUCACUAAAAUUCUUUUGUAAACUGAUCUAUUAUUACUUCCCCGUGCUUUUUAUAUAGAGGAUGGUCAGCAUAAAAGAAAUUUUAAAAAAAUAUUGUUCCACAC